AUGGCGGAGCCUUACAGAGAGCAGGUGGAGGCCAAUAAUAAUGACGAUCGUCUGGCCCCACAAGAGAUUGAUGCAAGACGAAAGGCGGUAGCCAAAAGGGAGUGGGACCGGUGGAAGGACCAGCUGGAGGACGCCCCAUAUGGUACCCAUACCAUAGGGGCGCUUCUACCGUCGUUCGACAACUGGCUAGACCGGAAAAGAGGGAGCCUAACAUAUAGGCUGGUGCAGGUAAUGACCGGACAUGGCUGCUUUGGUCAUUAUCUGAACCAAAUUCAGCGGGAACCGUCAACAGUCUGCCACCACUGUGGCGAAGAGGACGACACUGCCCAGCACACCCUUGCGGAUUGCCCAAGCUGGGUCUAA